GCUCAUGUUAUGAUGGAGAUGAUAAAUUUUGCGGAAGGCUGAUCAUUUCUGCGUACAAAACUACAUGUAUUUCGAUUUCUGCCAUCUCAAAGCAUAAACAGAACAAAAAUGGCUUUUCAUAUACACAAGGGGAACAGGGCAAGUCCAUUCCGGAAAGAAAAAGAGCGUAUUUCGAGAAGGUUUCAGAUGAAUCUCGAGGCGAUUAUUGCGAAGUACGAUCGUCCUUUCAGUGGCAGUGAUGUCGUUGACCUGAACGACAUGACAAUAGUAGAGGACCAGGGUUUCAUAGGAAGUAUGAAACCUCAGAAGAUCGGCACCGUCAGACUGGCUGUGGACAAAGCCUCCUCACAUUCUUGCCCAGGCACUAAAUGGAAUUCCACCAAGGAUAGCACAGACUCUGCCUUUGGCAGCACUCGAUAUAGCGAGAGUGAAGACACGUCUGGAACUGAGACUAUUGCUAACUACAGUUUUCAGGCUACAAGGCUUGCAGGUAAAAAGGAGGCAGAGAAAGCGGACUUGAGACUUGAAGAUAUUUGGACGAGAAGUGGCUCUCAUUCAGAAGAUUCAGGCAACGAGGAUGUGGAAUCCGACCACAGUGGCCCCAUCCGUACCCCAUCCAAGUCUUCACACCACUCUCCGUCUUAUCAGCGAAGGAAGCCAGAGGCCGUGAGGGGCUCCGUGCCUCUUGCUACCCGUCGGAGCUCUCGGGGAAACCUGUCGAGGAGAUUUGAUGCCGAGGAGGGAACUGAACUCAAAGGACAGACGAGCCGAGUGCUGCCACUCGAUGAUGAGGACGAGGAGGAAUCUGAGGAAGAGGACAACGACCCGUACGAGUUCAGGGAGGAGGAACUGCCCUCCAUCUUGGAGGAGAAGAACCGGUUCCUGUCCAAGAUGCAGUCCAUCCUGGUCGAGAGCUUCAUCGAUGGUGACGACAUCGAUGAGAUGGAGUCACAGACCGACGAUGACGAGGCAAGCACGGGAACGGUGGAAAGCAGCGAGGCGACGGGUGGCUCAAUCUCGGCCUGGUCCACGCUGCCUCCCAAGACGCCACCAAAGAGAACCUCCAAGCCCCUGAGGAGGAGUGAGGAUUUGAAUUUGGACAAUGCGAGGUAUGAGAUCCCUGCGUUGGAUACUAAGGGGAGACGUCGUAACUGGAGACCUGCUGAGAGAUGUGCCCUGUCUAGCACCGACUCAGAUCUCACAGAAUGCAGCACCAUCCUUGCUGGCAAUCUGCACAGUGAUCGGGUUUUCUUCCGUUCGUCACACCUACUCCAAAGAGCAAACAAAGACUGUGUCAGGAAUCAGCCUUCCCAACCUCCUUUCCAAGCCAUUUGUAACAGCACCAUGCUGAGUGAAAUCAACUCCUCAGAGGAGGUAGUGCCCGAAGAAAAACCUCAGCGAUCAAGUUUAAAGCUACCACUUAGAGGUUUAGAGCUCCCACUGGGUGGGCAAGAAGGAGAGAUGUGCUUGGGUGAAGUAUCUUUGAAUCAUCCAUCAGAUGUGAAACCUCACAUGUUGGAUGAACAAGUGAACAGAACACCAAAGAGAGGUAAAAACAGUAAACCCAUCAACUCUGCAAGAUCCUUGUUACCCACAAACUCCAGGGAAGUCAACAAGGGAGAUGAGAGUACCUCAGACAGGGAUAUGGGUCAGACAAUCUUUCGCACACCCUCAACGAGAAAUCGCAGCAAGGAGGAUGGUAUUAUGACCCCUGGAUAUCAAGACACAUCUGGUAUCACGCCUCGAGCAAAGUUAAGGAAAGGCCCCAAGAGGCAAAGCCCAAUCAGCUUGUCCUCGCCCCGCUUUGACACCAAAGAAAUCAUGGAGAUAUUCCAAUCCCCCAAACCGUUGAUCAUACCCGGUGUGGACUUGAAGGAUCUGGAUCUGACGCCCCGUUGCAGGGUGAAGCAAGAAGGCGCUCCCACUCCGACCCGAUUACUGAAGGAUGCCCUCCGGAAUCUACAGAGCCCCAAGGCCAGAGUGAGAAUAGACGGAAGCUGUGGACUCGGAAGCCAAACAGCCAAGGAGAUCAGACCACGCAGUCACGGUUCAGCUGAUGAAACUGCUCUGGGAUGCACGAAUCUUAAUUCCACAACUUUGACAAUUGAAAGGAGUGAUGCCGACUUGAUGGUUGAGAGAGGUGUUCAAUUGGACAGUAGCCCGGCAAGAGAAAUUGACAACAACGAGAGUUUUGAAGGUGUCAACACGAUUUCCCCAGAGGUUCGUAGUGAGAGAAGGCGCAGUACUCGUUUGAAAGGAGACAGUCCAAUCAUAUCAGAAUUACCAAAAAAAGUCCAGAGGAUUCCAACGCCGACCCGUGCAAGUCCUGUAGUCGGCCACAGAAGCAAGUCAAAGACAGUCAAACCUGAUGACCAUAUGCAUCAUUGCAGAUCUAAUCACACUGACAUAGGUGCCUCGCUUCCUGAAAGCAGACAGACCAGAGCCAGUCCCCGGUCUCAACAAAGAGAACCCCGAGACCCCACCAAGAAACAAUCAAGUAGUGCCAGGCUGCAGGAUCCGAUCAAGAUGCACAGGCCUUCAAGACAUACCAGAGAUAGCGAUGGCAGUGAUUCAGAUCCACAGGUUUUGCCAGCAUCCAGAGAGUCAGCCCCAAGGAGAAAUGAGCCCACAGUUGAGAAAUCACUGCAGCAAGCCAAACCAGCAAGAUACUCAUCAAGAGCAGAUAUUACACGAGACUCGCAGAAGGAAACACGGACAACUCCUGUGUCAUCAAAAACACCGUCCAUGUCUAGGAGGGUCGAGAAUGGCCCUGUGACCCCAACAACUCGAGGUAUACCUUCCACACUAUCUUCCCCCUUAAAUCACAUGUCUUUAGCAACACCUCACAAAUUCAUCUGCCAGAAGAAAGAUAAACUUUCCACGGACUCUGUAACCAGACUAAGUGACCAGAAGAAAGACAGGGUUGAAGCAGUGAAACAAGCAAAGGCAAAACUUCUGGCAGAAAACCUGAGAUCAAAGAGCAGAAAAAGUAGUAAGGUAAAACUGGAUGCCACACAUAUGACAAUCUGGCAAUCAGAUGACGAUUCUGAAGAGGAAAUGGAUGUUGAUCCUUAUUCGCUGACGGCUGAUGAUUCGUCACCGGGCCCGAGACUGUACCACCAAAGACCACAGCUCGAUCCUGUAAAAAGGUCCAACGCCAAAUCAAUAUCUCAAGAGGGUAGGCAUCAUGACAGGGUCACACGCAAUAAAGAAUCCGGAAUGCUCAGGUAUUCCAAAGGGGAUCGCCAGUCCACACAGAGUAAAGACCCGAUCGCAGACGGUAAGAAAUCUGGCAGAAAGAAUAUCAGAGAGACCAAGUCCUCCACUGUAAACAAUGAAGAGGUCCCGUUGACUGGAUCAUCAAGAAACUCACACAAUCCCAGAGACUCUGAGAAUCCUGUUGAUUCAAGAAAAGCUGAUGCUUCUGCCAGGAGCAUCAAGGGUCCUAGCAUCAGCAAGAAGGAACAGAAAAAGGUGAGCUCCUUCCACAGAUCAAACCCGCUUAGCCCACCACCGUCGCCAAUCUACCAGUCUGAAGAUUCCCCAAGGCCUUCCAGACAUGACCAACCCAAGAAAGCACCCACGUCAUUGUCAAAGACGGCAGCGAGGCGAGAACACUCGCAGUACUUCUCCGACGAAGAGGGCAACUCCUCUGGGGAUUCAGCCAAGUUUAUCUCAUCAAAACCCAACCAGAGUGAGCUCAGGAUUAGAACUGAUCCCGGUAGGCAGUCUGAGGCAGGCGUGAGAUCCAAAGACAGGAAGCUGUACCGCACGGACGAGGGAAGCAGAUCCAAACACAGGACCACGUUCAAGUGCGGCCAGAUUAUCACCACCCCAAUGAAAGGUUUCAAGACCGCCUCGCCCGACUUGCACAAAACCCGCUCACCGUCGCGCAAAGGACGCGUGGAGAAGACUCGCAAGCUGUAUCCCACGUCACCUGUCAAAACAUACCGUAAAACUGAAAUGCAGACGGACCGCAGUUCCGCCAAGAACUCCAGCAAGUCAAUCCAUGGAAGGACACAAAAUCUUAAAACCAGCAUGAGGACACUGAUGGCAUCACCGUCACGUCGCCAUGGCGAUGUGAGAGCCAUGGAAACCAGCAGGCCAGACAUGUCCAGCCCACUGAGAGCUAGCGGUUGUAACGUCAGCUCGUCGUACGUGUGUGAGGGACCAGGACACUGUACGAAACCGUUCUGUUUUAACUGUGCACUAAGUGAAGUCAGUUGAUCAAAACAUGCCAUCCAUGCAGACAAGAUCAUGUACAUGGUGAGUCAAAAAACGACACCCAAAUGUCGGUGCAAUUGUUUGAGUGAAGUUCUGCAUGUAGCACUUUCAAAAUCUAGGAUAUGAAAGCCCAAUUCAUAAGCUUUCUUUUAGUACAAGAAUCAUUUAAAUUACUCAUGUAAUUGUCAAGUUACGAAAU